AUGGACCCAGACGACAUGGAAAAAACUGCUUUUAACACACCUUAUGGCAUCUUCUGCUACCGAGUCAUGCCCUUUGGGCUCAAGAACUCAGGCGCCACAUUCAACCGAGCCAUAUUCAAGAUGCUGCAAGCCCAAAUUGGCCACACCGUGGAAGCCUACAUCGACGACCUCGUUGUCAAAAGCCAGAAGGAAUCUAACCACCUCCAAGAUUUGGCCGAAGUCUUUGAAAUCCUUAAACUACACAAGCUCCGCCUAAAUCUUGAAAAGUGUGCAUUCGGUGUGAGCGCAGGGAAAUUCCUUAGACAUUUAGUCACUCAACGUGGUAUUGAAUCCGACCCCAACCAGAUCAAGGUUGUUAAAGACUUGCGCCCACCGAGAACAAUCAAGGAAGGCAAGAGUCGACGAAGUUUUGAAAGGACUCCAGAUUGUGACUCCGCCUUGGCCGAGCUUAAAGAAUACUUAAGCUCGGCCCCACUAUUGGUGAAACCAAAGGAGUUCGAGACCUUGUAUCUGUAUCUUGUCGUCUCCGCCCACGCAGUCAGUUUAGCACUGGUGCGGCGAGUUGGCACAGACGACAUGCCAAUCUACUUCACAAGCAAAACACUCCUCCCAGCGCAAACACGCUAUCUAUCACUCAAAAAAUUGGCACUCGCUUUCUUCUCGGCAGCCAGAAAACUCUUGCUUUACUUCCAAUCCCACACCAUAACCAUCUUAACGGAGCACCCUCUAAAAAGCCUUUUUCUAAAAGUUGAUCUCUCCAAUGGGGUCUCCAAAUGGGCAUUUGAAUUAGCAAACUUCGACAUCCGGUUCGAGCCACGGACGGCGAUCAAGGGUCAAAUUCUCAUUGACUUCAUCGCAGAAUUAACACUUGAAGACAUAGAAAUUCUCAACACUCCCACUCCUCAAACUAUCGCCGAAUCAACUAAAGCACCAACGCCUUGGCUACUUUUUCAAGGCGACAUCUGGCGAUUACAUAUCGACGGGGGUUCCAACAGCAACGAAGCCGGGGCAUGGGUUGUCUUAGUUUCCCCUUGUGGUACACUUCAUGAAAGCUCUCUCAGCAUUGACUUUCCCGCCACCAAUAAUGAAGCUGAAUACGAAGCCCUCCUUGCUGGCUUAUGCUCCGCAAUCGCAAUGAAUGUCGCCGACCUUGUUGUUUACUGUGACUCCCAACUCAUAGUCAACCAAGUACUUGGGGACUAUGAGGCUCGAGACCCGCGCAUAUCGAAAUACCAGGCAAUGGUAGCCGAGCUCAUCACGCACUUCCAGAAUUUCAAAAUCGAACAAAUCAACCGCGAAUACAACGCGCAUGCAGACGCACUCGCUGGCCUUGCCUCAGCUUCCAAAGCCUCCGAAUUCAGGACUAUCAACUUUGGCAGCAUUGACCAACCAAGCUUUGACACCAUUCCAGAGGUACUCAACGUUGCACUCGGUCCAAGCUGGAUGGACGAGAUUAUUGCGUUCCUCAAACAUGAUACUCUACCAGCAGACAAAAAGGAAGCUUAUCGCAUCAGAAACAAAGCCUCUUACUACUGGCUCUCUGAAAGUGACAAACUCUACAGGAAAUCUAUCUUCGGCCUUUAUCUCCUCAUUGUCCACCCAACCCAAGUAGUUGAAAUUCUCGCUGAGCUUCACUCAGGGAUACUUUUGGAAGAACAUGAAGAAAGACUGCGAAGAAGUCGUCCCAAAUGGAAUCUCUCUCCCAUCACAAGUCCCUGGCCCUUUGCACAAUGGGGGCUUGAUAUUGUGGGAAAGCUCCCAACGGCCCUUGAAGGCUUCAAAUUUCUGAUCACGGCAACAGACUACUUCUCAAAAUGGGUAGAGGCUGAACCUCUUGCAACAAUCACUGAAGCCAACGUAAGAAGAUUCGUCUGGAGAAACAUAGUCACUAGAUUCGGCGUCCCUUACGCCAUCAUCUCAGACAACGGAAGCCAAUUCGUCUGCAAAGACCUAACCAGUCUCUGCGCUGAAUUUGGGAUUCGCUUCUUCAACUCCACUCCAGCAUACCCCCAAGGGAACGGCCAGGCCAAGGCUACAAAUAAGACAGUCUGCGUUGGGAUCAAGCGUCAGUUAAACUUCAAAAAAGGCAAAUGGGCUGAAGAAUUGCCACGUGUUCUAUGGGCUUACCGUUCUACACCAAGGCGCUCGACAGGCCAAACGCCAUUUUCCAUGGCGUUCAACAUGGAGGCCGUAAUCCCACUAGAGUCCAGGUUCCCCACUUUGAGAACACAAACCUUUGACCCAAAGACCAAUGAUGAAGCCGUGGAACAGGAGUUGAUUUUGGCAAAAGAGAAGCGUGAUGACGCUCAAUUAAAGCUCGUCGAGUACCAACAGCAAGUGGCCAAGGGGUACAACUGA